AUGGAUUUCCUUCUUAUCGGUCUCUGUUUAAACUGGCUGCUGAGGAAGCCCCCGGGGUUGAUAUUGUGUACGCUGGGUAUCUUUUCUAAAAUGCUUCCAGCCGUGAAUAGUGGGUGUCCACAGCUCUGUCGGUGUGAGGGCAGGCUUUUGUACUGUGAAUCACUGAAUCUCACAGAGAUGCCUCGCAACCUGUCGGGCAUGAUGGGCUUGUCUCUGCGGUACAACAGCCUUUCAGAGCUGCAUGACGGACAGUUCACAGGGUUAAUGCAGCUCACGUGGCUCUAUCUGGAUCACAAUCACAUUUGCUCAGUGGAGGGGAAUGCCUUUCAAAAAUUGCGGCGAGUUAAGGAGCUCACCCUGAGUUCCAACAAAAUCACCCAACUGCCCAACACCACUUUCCGCCCCAUGCCGAACUUGCGCAGUGUGGAUUUAUCGUACAACAACCUGCAGUCCUUGGAGCCCGACCUGUUCCACGGGCUGCGAAAACUGACAACUUUGCACAUGCGGUCGAACGCCAUCAAGUUCGUGCCGGUGAGAAUUUUUCAGGACUGUCGCAGCCUGAAGUUUCUAGACAUAGGAUACAAUCAGUUAAAGAGCCUGGCUCGAAACUCUUUUGCGGGCUUGUUCAAGCUCACCGAGCUGCACCUCGAGCACAAUGACUUGGUGAAGGUGAAUUUAGCCCACUUUCCCAGGCUCAUCUCCCUGCACUCCCUCUGCUUGCGAAGGAAUAAAGUUACCAUCGUAGUCAACACUUUGGACUGGAUAUGGCAACUGGAAAAGAUGGAUCUCUCCGGCAACGAAAUCGAAUACAUCGAACCUCAUGUUUUUGAGAGCGUACCUCACCUCAAAUCCCUGCAGCUGGACUCCAACCGGCUCACCUACAUCGACUCCCGAGUCCUGGACUCCUGGAAGUCCCUCACUAGCAUCAGCCUCUCCGCCAAUGCCUGGGACUGCAGCCGCAACGUCUGCGCCCUGGCCUCCUGGCUGAGCACCUUCAAGGGUCGCUACGACAGCAACCUGCUCUGUGCCACCCCCGAGUACGCCCAGGGCGAGGACGUUUUGGACGCGGUGUACGCCUUCCACUUGUGCGAGGACGCGGCGGACCCGACGGGCGCUAACACCCUCUCCCCGGUAACGAACAACAGCGACCAAACGCUCGGCUAUGGCUCGGCCACCGUCACCUACGACGUGCAGGACAGCGAAGGCGACCGGACCACGUACGCCAUCACCGUCACCAUGCCCGGCGAGAACUCGGAGAACGCCGUCCAGAUUCACAAGGUGGUGACGGGGACCAUGGCGCUGAUUUUUUCCUUCCUCAUCGUGGUUUUAGUGUUGUACGUCUCCUGGAAGUGCUUUCCGGCCAGCUUGAGGCAACUAAGACAGUGCUUUGUCACACAGCGCAGGAAGCAGAAGCAAAAACAGACCAUGCAUCAAAUGGCUGCCAUGUCAGCCCAGGAGUAUUACGUUGAUUACAAACCCAACCACAUUGAGGGAGCCCUGGUGAUCAUUAAUGAGUACGGAUCUUGUUCCUGUCACCAGCAGCCAGCGAGGGAAUGCGAGGUGUGAUUUUCCUUGGGGAUUUAAACAACCAAAUAACGGCGUGCAGGCAGACGGUGGCACGGGGAGGGGGGGUUGCUGUGCUUUGCUGGUGGUUUCUGACACGCUCCUCUGCCGAAAAUUGUCUCAUUUAGACAGGGGCUGUCGAAAAAGACUUGAUAUUUUAGCUUUAUCGUGUCUUAAAAACCUUCAGGACGGUCAAUCUUAAGAUUUCGUAUGCUAAUACUCCCUUUGAAGAUCUGUCAAUAUUCAGGAAUCUGAGAGUGUAAAAAGGUACCAAUUAUUGAUCUUUUGUAAACUAAGAAAACUGUUUAAAAUAAAAAAAAAUAGCAUUUACAGUU